GUUCAUCAGGACGUAGCGCUACCGCAGCGAUCACUAAUUUUCUGCUGAACGCGCCGAUUAGUUGUGAGCGCUCUGGGAUCAGUCGCCAUUUUUUCCAUCAGAUUUAAAAUACGCUACGCUACCAAUGCAUGAUGGAUUAAACGUCACAUACGCCAAAUGUCACAAAAUGUUUUGGAAAACGAAAAAAACCAUUUUGUUUAUUAUUGUCAAUUAUUGUUCUCGGUCAUAUUCUCGGUUAAAAAUGGGUGAAAAUUUAAUAAGCAUUACUUAUGAUUUUAAUAAUGAAAUAUAUGAGGUGUCAGGCAAUGGAAAUCUCCAUUAUCGACUUCAAAAUGAUUCAAGCUUUUGUGUGAACUAGGUUAACAAAAAAGUCUACAUCAAUGGGUCAAGAAGAAGUUGUGGAGAGAAAUAGAGAAAUAAGUAGCCAAGACCAAGAAUGUCAAGAUCAAGGAAAUAAAAAACAUGCCGGGGACAGCUGCUGUACUCCUGGUAUAAGUACUGGUAUUCAGUCAAUAUUAUGCAAAGAUUCCACUUGCACUGAUGAAUUUAAAUGGACCAAACAAACAACAUUACUGCUUUUAAAUUUAUAUAAAGAAAAAAAUUAUCUUUUUCGAAAUUCUAAAAUUAAAAAUAAAGAUAUUUGGUUGGAAAUUUUAAGAGAAUUUCAAGAACGUGGCUAUUGGUCUAUAACAAUAGAAAUAUUAGACAGAAAAAUGAGGAAUUUAAAAAAAACUUACAAAGAUAAUAAGGAUAAAAAAAAUAAAACAGGAGAAUCAUGUAUAACAUGGGAAUAUUUUGAUAUCAUGGAUGAAAUUUUUUUUAAUGAUAAAACAAUAAACCCUACAUCCACCAUCUCAACAAUAGAAGUGGCUCAAAAUCCUAAUGCGGUCCAUUCAAACUUGGAAGUUGGCCUAGGAGUCAAAAUAUUAAAAAAUAUAGAAAAUAACUCGGAAAAUAAUCAGAAACCAACUUUGCCAAAAACGACAGAAGAAAAGAAAAUCAAUAAGGGCAAAACCUCUUCAACCAGGGUUAAGCACCUUUAUGAUUAUAGAAAAAAAAUUCAGGAAAUAGAGAAUCAGAGGUUAGAAGAGGUAAAAAAGCUCCGAGGGGCCAUAGAGCAAAAUAAUGUGAUUCAACAGGAAAGGAAUGACAUUUUGAAGCGACUCUUACUAAACCAAUCUGAUAGUUAA